GGCUGGUGUUGAUUCAAGAAUGUCGGAAAAUAUCGAGAUUCGUGAAAACGGUAAUGGUGUGACGAACCCAGGAUUUCAUAUAGAUAACGAGGAUGAGAAAAAGAACAAUCACAGAGAACGCAAGGUGUCCUACAAGGAAGAAGCAGAAAAUGGCGGUCCUGGAAAUGACGUCACCUUGGAUAUAUCGGAAGACAACCCCGAUCGUCUGCUCUAUAAAACAAGCGAAACUCCACCAUUUCAUCUACUUCUGUUCUUUUCGCUUCAGCAAAUGCUGAUGUCCAUUUCGGGGACUCUAGCCAUUACUCUGAUAGCCUCCAAGGUGAUCUGUGCUGGGGAGGAUGAAGAAUUCGUGGCCUACAUGCUUAGCUCCGCCCUCUUCUCCAACGGAAUCUGUACAAUUCUUAUGAACGUCAUUGGCGUCAGGUUACCUCUUUUCCAAGGAGCUUACGGUGGAUACAUCAUCCCGUUACUAACACUUCUGGAGGUAGACCCCAAUAAAUGCAAAAUCCGACCUUCGUUACAAGGCACAGCGGUAAAUUCUACAAAUGCAUCAGUUGUGACAAGCUUUAAUGAGGAAUUAGAAAUGCGAAACCUCAUUUUGAAUAAUAUGCAGGAAUUGCAGGGUUGUUUGAUCACUGUGGGGGUCAUCCACGCCCUGAUCGGGGGCACGGGACUGAUAGGGUUUCUGCUGCGCUUCAUUGGCCCCGUCACAAUAGUGCCGACCAUUCUCCUGCUCGGGAUAUACGUGGUCGACCCUAUACUGGAUUUCUGUGUACCCAAUUGGGGGAUCGCCUUUCUCGUAAGUGCCGUUGGAUUUAUCCUGGCGUUUUACCUAGCCAAGUACAAUAUGCUAAUUCCGGUGUGGUCUCCAAAAGGAGGCUGUAGAAUCAUCAAGUACCCUAUCCACCAGGUGUUUGCUAUUCUUAUAUCCAUGAUCGUAGGCUGGAUAGUGAGUUGGAUAAUAACAGCGGCCGGUGGAUUUACGGAUGAUAAGUUAGACAAAGGAUACAAAGCCCGAUCCGACUCUAGACUCAGUGGAAUAGACGCUGCAGACUGGUUUAUCUUUCCUUACCCAGGUAUGCAUGGUGCUGUAAGCUUUUCAACACCAGUUUUUCUUGGUUUUCUAAUUGCCACGUUUCUAUCGAUUCUGGAUUCCAUCGGUGAUUACUACGCAUGCGCUAGUAUGAGCCGCGUGCCUCCCCCUCCACAGCAUGCAGUUAAUAGAGGAAUAAUGGUAGAAGGUAUAGGCACCAUAAUAUCAGGUGCUAUAGGGGCAAGCCAAGCCACGACGACAUAUGGAGGCAACAUCGGGGCUAUCGGGGUGACCAGGGUUGCCAGUACCAGUGUGUUCGUGGGUUGCGGUGUAUUGUACCUGGUCCUCGGUGUCUUCGGUAAACUCUCCGCGGUCUUCAUCUCCAUUCCCAACCCCGUCCUGGGAGGUUCACUGAUCACCAUGAUGGGGAUGUUCAUAGGGGUCACGCUCUCCAAUCUCAGGCCAGUGUCCUUGACCUCCACCCGGAACCUUGCCAUCAUCGGGACAUCCAUCAUGAUUGGUCUCAUUAUUCCGGAAUAUAUCAAGAAGUUUGGCAGUGACAUUGAUACAGGUUACGCGGACUUGAACUUUAGUCUGAAGGGUCUUCUCGGAAAUCCAAAUUUUGUGUGUGGCGUUUUAUCGUGUCUCCUUGACAACACAGUCCCAGGUACUUUGGAGGAGAGAGGGAUCGCUGCCUGGCAAUCUAACGACGAAGAGGAAGCGAGCAAAACAAUGGCGCAGAAUUACGAAGAAGGAAAAGAGAUAUAUGAAAUACCUCUGCCAAACAGAAUCAAACAGUGGCAUGGAUGGAAAUAUGUCCCCUUCAUGCCUGACCCCAAACAAAAGAAGAGGAGCCGAAGUUUAUCGGGUCAGUGGUCACGCCGGAAGAGCUUGGUGGCAGGAGUAGGGAACACUGGGUAUUAGGGGCCUUUUCCGGAAAUUACGUUGCUUGAAAAUGUUAAAAUUAAAGCAUGGAAUUCUGGGUACAGGAUACGAUUUGUUUUGGGCCAAUGAGCAUGCUUGUUUGUCAUAUUCUACGAAAAACUGUUUUAGAGAAAACGCCUGUGAAGGACGAUAUCGAAAUUUAGUGAUAUCUGUCCGACAGUGUGCUUUUCAUAUAUAUCAAUAAUAUAAUAUUACUUUUUAAAAUUAAACUACUUUUUUAAAUAUAUAAAUGUUUAAAAUUGUGCAAAUCUAUUUCAGUGCUAGUGAUCAGUAUUUUUAAAAAAUGAAUUGAUUAAAAACUGUUUAUUUACACGAUAACACUUUUAGAAUACGAGCUCAGCAAAACAUGUGUACCAGUAAUUUUUUAAAAAAAAAUCUUCCAACACAAUCCGUGAACACAAUCUUAAAGACGCAGGAUUCUGAAGACAUCCUUUUUUUUCAACAAACUUUUUCAGGACAUGAAUUCAAAUAUGAAAUAUAAUAAUAUAAUGGAACAUUUUUAAAAUAACAAUAUAUUAUACAUUUCAAGAUAUGUUUAAAAUCAGAAUAUAAUAUAUUUCAAGUUAAUAAUUAUAUAUUUCAGAGCAUGGACAUUUCAAAAAACAUACAUUCCUAAAUAUAUAUAAGUUUGGUUUGUUGCACAUAUUGUCAGAUAUUAAAUCUUUAAUAUUUUUGUCACUGCCAUCCAUUAGUCACAAAUGUGCCUUUUUUAUUUGCUUCACUUGCAUCGAACUGAUUGUCCAGGACGUACACUUGUAUGUAUAUAUUUCUUCAUUAUGCAUCGCGUAGAUUUCAAUUUGAAUAAUUUUGUUCGUUUUAUGUGUGUCUGUGUGUGUCCCACCAUCGAAUCAAUUUGGAUGUAUAUGUACUAUAAUAUUCAUUUUUCACAUCGUUGAUUUCAAUUUCUUAAGGUAGGCAUAGAAAAUUAAUAUAAAAGUAAAUAUCCUGAUGUGAAGAAUAUGGAUUAUAUAAUGUAAAAUUAAAAUAUAGAGCAAAACGAGUGAUUUCAAAGAUGUAAAAAGUUUUAAUGGCCAUUGGUAAUAUAAUAUAUUCAAAUCAAAGUGACCAGAAAAACAACUUGUGAAAUUGAUAUGGAUUUUGGCUAUUUUAAUUUACUGUAAACCAACUAUUAUUCGCGAUGACUUUAUUUCGCGCUAUACCUUAAUUAAACUGGUUCGCGGCGUAACUUAUUUUUGCGACAAAGUCUUAUCCACACUUACUUUUUUUAUUACAACUGUAUUGCAAAUAAUAGUCAGUGGGGAGAAAUAUUCGCGACAAUGAAGCUCUCGCGAACUUCGCGUAAAUCUCUCGCACGCGCGAAUAAAAGUUGGUUUACAGUAACCGUAUAUGUUAAUGGUAGUAACCAAAAUGAUUACGUAUGUUAUUAUUUCUAUGAGCAAUGUGUUUUAAAUGGGCAUUAUUUUUAAACUUUUCAAAAUCAUGUAUAUUUCACAUUCAAUCAAGAUAAUGAUGACAUUGAUUUUUUCUACGAUUUUUUGUUUUGAAUGUUUCUCUCUCGUCAUAUUUUUGCUUUAAAUGAAAGUGUUUCUAUUUUCAUAAUAGUUUUGUAUCUUACUUUUAUGUUUUUAAAACUUUUUUCGGUUUUUUGUUAUUUCAGAUAUUAAAGAAAAGAAAGGUUUUGUUGCUAAUUGUAAUAUAUUAUAAAAUAUGCAAUUGUUAUUUUAUUAAAAUUCUGUCUACAUUUGCAAGUGUCAGUCGGCCU